AUGGAGCUUCCUUACACAACCGUCGAUGUCUUCACCGACAAAGCCUUCGAAGGCAACCCAUUGGCCAUCGUCACCAUUCCUGCUUCCAUUUCCCUGACGCAAGAACAAAAGCAGGCCAUUGCAAGGGAGUUCAAUUACUCAGAGACUACCUUUGUACACGAGGUCGACGACCCCGCAUCCACGGAGAGGCGCUUCGACAUCUUCACUACACACGAGGAACUUCCCUUUGCGGGCCACCCAACCGUCGGCACGGCCGUCUUUCUAAAGCCCCGAGGCGUGAAGAAGUUGAUCGCCAAAGCCGGUCCAAUCGCCAUUGAUGAAACUGGCGCCGACUCCGUGCGGGCUGCCAUCCCCCACAACACCCGCCUUCACCAGAAGCGCCUGAGAGACCUUGGUCCGGGGCCAUACAGCGACUCGGUAGAGGAGCUCGCAAAGGCCGAGGUCGACGCGCCCGUGUUUAGCAUCGUUGACGGUAUGACUUUUGCCCUCAUCGAGCUGCCCUCACUGGAAUCUCUGGCGUUGGCCAAGGUGGGGCCGAUGAAGUUCCACAAGCAUGAGCUCCUGGAUGAGGGUUGGCGCAACUCUUUCAUCUCGAGGUACUACUUUGUGCGUCUUGGGACUGAAACUGUUGACGGCCGCAUCGUGCAGAAGAUCAGAACUCGUCUGAUUGAACCUGAUCUGGAAGAUCCGGCUACGGGUAGCGCUGCCUGCGCGCUGUCUAGUUACUUGAGUUUGCACGAGCUCUCUGAUGAGUCGCUCAGCUUUGAGAUCACUCAGGGCGUUGAGAUGGGUCGCAGAAGCAACAUCUAUAUUGAUGCCAAGGUUGGAAAGGGCCCCGAGGGUGUACGCAAGCUGGAAACCUUGCAUCUGGGAGGAAAGGCAACAAGGGUCAUGAGCGGCACCAUAUUUUUGAAGUCAUGA